AUGCUAAUCCUGUUUGUGCUAUUGUGUUUAGUUGCUGCAAUACGCGGUCAAGACAACAGCGUAUUCAUACCACAGUGUGCGAACAAUGACCACUGCCCGCUGGAUCGCGCUUGUGUUGCCCAGAGUUGUGAAGAUCCUUGUGUAGGACACUUGUGGCUCAAACUCCACCUGCCACGUGAGGUUCCACGUCCCUUCGUGCGCCUGCCCUUCGGGCUACACCGGGGACCCUUUGACAGCUUGCUUUCCACAGGCACACACCGAUGUUCAGUACAGCCACAGUGCACGGCCAAUGACCACUGCCCGCUCGAUCGCACUUGUGUUGGCCAGAGAUGUGAAGAUCCUUGUGUCGGCGCUUGUGGCUCCAACUCCACCUGCCAAGUGAGGUUCCACAUCCCUUCGUGCGCCUGCCCUUCGGGCUACACCGGCGACCCUUUCACUGCUUGUUUCUCUCAGGUACAGCCGCAGUGCGCAGCCAAUGACCACUGCCCGCUGGAUCGCGCUUGUGUUGCCCAGAGAUGUGAAGAUCCUUGUGUCGGCGCUUGUGGCUCCAACUCCACCUGCCAAGUGAGGUUCCACAUCCCUUCGUGCGCCUGCCCUUCGGGCUACACCGGCGACCCUUUCACUGCUUGUUUGCCUCAGGACCCUCCAGAGAGUUGCUCACCCCCCCCUACCAGAAAGAUUUACAUAAUAGCUCAGACUGCUGAAAAGGUCAAUUGGUACGCUGCAUUUAUUCAAUGCAAAUUCCUUGGCGGAGCGUUAGCCACCAUUCGGUCCCGGGAAGAAAACGAACUGAUCAAAGAGCUGAUCCCCUUGCGGAACGAUAGAUUCUGGACCUCUGGAACGAACUAUCCUGAGGGACAUUGGAUUUGGAUGUCUACCGGGGACACGCUUCCGGACUUCACAGACUGGCUACCCGGAGAACCAAACAACAAUGGGGGCAACGAGAACUGUUUACACCUUGUUGAGAGCAACAAUCAGGGUUAUAUGUGGAACGACAUACCAUGUACUGAACUAAUGUACCCGAUCUGUGAGUUUUUUGUGUAAUAAAACAUUUUU